UUGGUUUGUAGGCCGCCAGUAAAACCAAAGAAGAAGAAGAUGUAGGUGCUUCCUGGUCUGGCGGAAGUGACGGGAUCGCUGUGUAUAAACUACAGCAAAACAUGCACAUGUGAGAGCUGCGUGGUGCGCCACACUUCAAAUUUAUUUCACUGUCGACGCGAAGAAAGACGUCAAGCGUGCAGUAUGAAUGAACCGGGACACUAUCCUCCGCCGGACUUCGGCUGUCCUCCUCCAAACUUCCUCCAGCCCUUCCAGCAGCAGCAGCAGCAGCAGCAGCAGCCCGGCUCAAGCAGCUUCCACCCCAGCAUGUGGAGCUGGACUGAGUCGCCCGCCGAGCCCAGCUGGGACUACAGCGGCCAAGCGGGCUGGCACCACGGGGCAGCGGCAGGGUAUGGUUUCCAGUCAGGCCGUGGAAACUAUGGACCUAAACGUCCAUACGGUCAAAACUUUGGUCGUGAAUGGCAUCAAGGUGGACAUAGAGGUGGGAGGCAGAAUUACGGACCCCCCGGCAACCAUGGAAAAAAGCAGAAAAAUAAGAAAGAACCAGAGUAUUCCCAUUUUUGUGACACUUGUGACCGAGGCUUCAAAAACCAGGAGAAAUAUGAUGAACAUGUUUCUCAACAUGUCAAGUGUUCCGUGUCUGACUGCAGCUUCAUGGCUCAUGAAAAAAUAGUCAGCAUCCACUGGAAAAAUAACCAUGCGCCAGGAGCAAAAAGAAUCAAGCUGGACACACCAGAUGAGAUUGCAAAAUGGAGAGAGGAGAGGCGCAAAAACUAUCCAACACUUCAGAAUGUAGAGAAGAAGAAAAAGGUGAUGGAGGUGCGGGAGGAGAUGGGAGCUGUUCUAGAGACUGCUCAAUUUGGACGAAUGAGAGGCAGAGGUCGAGGACGAGGUCGAGGCCGUGGGCGGGGUCACAGAGGGUUCCAGGGGCGACAUCCACGAGACCCGUACCCAUCAGACAGCAGUGCUACAGAGAGACCUCCACACCUCACCCAGCCCUGCAGGGACAUUGAUCCACUGGCAGCGCUGGCCAGCAGUGACCACGAUUCUGACAGAGAGGAUGCAGCUGCUGAGUCCAGGACUGAUGUCCUAGUUGUGGCCCCUAAAAAGAUGAGCUCAGCUCUGGGCUCCCUAGUGGCCAACUAUGGCUCCAUGAGUGAGAGUGAAAGCGAUGAGGAACCAGAAGCCACCCCUAUUCAGAGAGCCAAAGAACUGGUGCAAGAAAACCAGACUUUACUAAACACGAUACCUCCAAAGUCCCAGGACAGAGGACCCUUUAGGGGCACAGAAACCUCCCCACGUGGUGCAGAAACUUACAAUGUCCCCCAGCCUGGCUCUGCCCAUCACACUCCUAACAACAGAAGAGGUAGAGGUGGAAGAGGAGGCAGGGGAGGAAGAGGAGGUAGAGGAGGACACCAAGAUACACCGCAGAAACGUCGUCCAACUCUACUUGAGAUGUUACUGGCCCCAGAUAUCCGCCAUGAGAGGAAUGUCCUCCUGCAGUGUGUACGCUAUGUUGUCCGAAACAACUUCUUUGGGCUGGAGACCAGACCUCAGAAUCAGGAGAGGAUCAAGGCUACGCCAGCUAUCACAACUAUAGAGCAUGAAGGAAGGCAGGAAAAGCCAUCAGAGGAAGUCAGGGUUGUAUCUCAGUCUGCCUCUCUGGUUGGUGGUGCUGCAUCUCAUGAAGGCAAUCAGGAAGAUUUAGUACCAAGUAAAGCUUUUGUUGCCACAGGUGCUGUAGUCGACCGGUGCUUGCCACAAAACUUUCAGGACCAGCGUUUAAUGAGUGACCGUGUUUGCUCAGAAGCAUCCAAGGAUCCUCCUGUGGACUCAGCUCAGAGUGCAGCAGCCCCACAUACUGAAGAAACAACUUCUAGAGACUGCCACAGCAUUGUUCUGACAGCCACAUCUGCCUCUAAUAUUUAUGAUGAUGAAAUAUGGGAGAGCCCUGGUGUUAUUAUAUAAAAUGCUAGCAAAUCACUAAUAUGGAUGUUCUUAUUUUGUUCUAAAACAUAAAAUUGAACCUUAAACAUAAAAUUGAGACUUUUCAGAUUGAUAUUAAUAUCUUGUCCACGGAGAUUCUUCUUGUUUUUUUUGUUUUUUUAAGGAAUUUCAUAUUUUUUAUGUGUUUUGAUGUUAGUAUUAACAAUAUCCAGUCAUAUUUUUGUAACAUACAAUGUACUGAAGAAAGUUUUUUUUCUUGUAAAAUAAAUCACAUC